AUGCCAAGAAUCAGUGACCGCCUCCAGUGCUUCUGCCCCGGGCACGCUCUCCUGGUCCACCCCGGCUUCUGCUAUCGGAUCCAGGCCAAGCUCAGUCUCAGGCUCAUGGCAACCUUCUCGGAGUACAUUGCUCAGAACGAGGAGCGCGAUGGCGUCCGCUUCAGCUGGAACGUGUGGCCCUCGUCUCGGCUGGAGGCCACUCGGAUGGUGGUCCCCAUCUCUGCUCUGUUCACCCCUCUGAGAGAGCGCCCCGAUUUACCGCCCAUCCAGUACGAGCCGGUCCUCUGCAGCCGAGCCACCUGCCGCGCCGUGCUCAACCCUCUCUGUCAGGUGGAUUACAGAGCUAAACUUUGGGCAUGUAACUUCUGCUACCAGAGGAACCAGUUUCCUCCGUCGUACGCUGGGAUCUCGGAGGUGAACCAACCCGCUGAGCUCCUACCACAGUUCUCCACCAUCGAAUAUGUUGUACAGAGGGGGCCCCCGAUGCCUCUAGUGUUUCUGUACGUGGUGGAUACUUGUGUGGAGGACGAGGACCUGCAGGCGCUGAAGGAGUCUCUGCAGAUGUCUCUCUCUCUGCUGCCCCCUGCUGCUCUAGUGGGGCUCAUCACCUUUGGCCGCAUGGUCCAGGUGCACGAGCUCGGCUGCGAGGGCAUCUCCAAGAGCUACGUGUUCAGGGGCACCAAGGACCUCAACGCCAAGCAGCUGCAGGAGAUGUUGGGUCUGACCAAACCUGCAGCUCCUCAGGGACGAGCUCCUCAGACCCCUCAGCCUCUGUGCAACAGAUUCCUUCAGCCAGUUCAAAAGAUCGACAUGAAUCUAACGGACCUAUUGGGGGAGCUGCAGAGAGACCCGUGGCCUGUGACUCAGGGGAAGAGGCCUCUGCGAAGCCUGGGCGUGGCCAUGUCCAUCGCAGUGGGGCUGCUGGAGUGCACGUUUCCCAACACAGGCGCCCGCAUCAUGACGUUCAUUGGGGGCCCAGCGACGCAGGGGCCAGGGAUGGUGGUGGGAGAUGAACUCAAGACCCCCAUAAGGUCCUGGCACGACAUUGAGAAAGAUGGAGCCAAGUUCCUCAAGAAGGCCACAAAGCAUUACGAGUCGUUGGCGAGCAGAGCGGCAGCCAACGGUCACAUCAUUGAUAUUUAUGCCUGCGCCCUGGACCAGACUGGACUGUUGGAGAUGAAGUGCUGCCCCAACCACACCGGAGGGUAUAUGGUGAUGGCCGACUCCUUCAACACGUCGCUCUUCAAACAGACUUUUCAGAGAGUUUUCACCAAAGACGUUCAGGGCUGUUUCAAGAUGGCGUUCGGUGCUACGCUGGAGGUCAAGACAUCCCGAGAGGUGAAGGUGUCCGGAGCCAUCGGCCCCUGCGUGUCGCUCAAUGCUAAGGGCCCCUGUGUCUCAGAGAACGAGAUCGGCAAUGGUGGGACGUCCCAGUGGAAGGUCUGCGGCCUGGACCCCAGCACCACUCUGGCCCUGUACUUUGAGGUCGUCAACCAGGUACAAAGCUCCACAUGUUUCUCUGAGUGA